ACAAAAAACUUGUCAACAAUGGACAGAAAUAUUUUUUCUCUCUAGAACGACCGACGUUGUGUUAAAAUGGACAACGUUUUACGUAAUUGCAGGACAAUGUCGUAACGACGAAGCCAAAAGCCCUUCGGGAAGAGAGCAAUCUAUGGAAGCAAGGCUUGUUUUAAGCGCCAAAACGCGAAGGGUGUUCUUUAUACAACAAUACCGACGCCAAGGUCUCUUGGAGGUCAAGACGUUUUCUUGGUCAUGGCAGAUAUAAUUUGCGUUGGGGAUUUUGAAUACAGACGAAAAGAUUUAAUAGGUCAUGGAGCUUUUGCUGUUGUAUUUAAAGGCAGACAUCGCGAGAGACGUGAUGAAUGUGUGGCAAUAAAGGUUAUAACAAAGAAGAACCUGUCAAAAGCACAGAAUCUCUUAACAAAAGAGAUUAAUAUUUUGAAGGGACUCAAGCAUGAGAAUGUUGUCUGUUUAUAUGAUUGCAAGGAAACUCCAACACAAGUUAACCUUGUCAUGGAGUAUUGCAAUGGUGGUGACUUGGCGGAUUAUCUUCAUGCAAAAGGGACCUUGAGUGAAGACACCAUCUGUAUUUUCUUAAAACAAAUUGCUUCUGCAAUGAAAAUUCUCCAAUCAAAAGGCAUUGUCCAUCGGGAUCUAAAACCUCAGAAUAUCCUACUUAGUCAUUCAGGUGUUUCACACCCCAGACCGGCAGACAUCAAAAUAAAAAUUGCUGACUUUGGGUUUGCAAGGUUUCUCCAUGGUGAGAUGAUGGCAGCAACUUUGUGUGGAUCACCAAUGUAUAUGGCCCCUGAGGUGAUCAUGUCAAGAGAAUAUGAUGCAAAAGCUGAUCUCUGGAGCAUUGGUACAAUUAUAUACCAGUGCCUCACAGGACGUGCUCCCUUUAUGGCCUCUACUCCGCAAGAACUGAAGAAAUAUUACCAGAAAAGCAAAACCAUUUCACCUGAUAUCCCCAGUGAUACCUCAUCUGCCCUUGAAGACUUGCUUCUCUCGAUGCUGAAACGAAGUCCGAAGGAUAGGAUCGAAUUCAAAGACUUCUUUCGACAUCCAUUCUUGGCCGGUGCCCUGGUUCGAAAACCAUCCGCACCAGUUCAAGUGCCGUUGAGGAAACAGUCACCACGUUCAAUCCCGUCUUCGCCAGUGGAUAUCUCACCUAGUGCUGCGCGCGAUCCUACUGGUGACGUGAGACUGGAUAUAUUUCGUCGGGUAACACCACCAUAUGAUGCUACUCAGUUAUCACCCUCGGGAUAUCAAUUCAACCCGCUCAUGUCAGGCUACGUGACUGGGUGUUCACCUCAAGGUUCAAGGAAUAUCUCCGGCCAAAACGACGUUUAUUCGGAAGAGGACUUCGUCAUGGUUGAACAUCAGACAUCUCCUGAUCAAAGCGAUGGUCAAAUCACGUCCAAUGCUUCAGACCCGUUGUUCCCAGUUUUCAGCUCUUCGCCAAAGGCCAGCAAAUUCCACCGUCCUGAAUCACCGCUGGCCACUGGAUCUCAGCGAAAAGCUACGUUCAUCGUGGGCUCACCUUCAUCCGGGUCUCCUUCGUCUUCGCCUCUGUCACGUGGCUUAUUUAAUCGCUCGCCAUCGCGAAAUUCGCCAUCUCCCAAAGACGACAAAAUGGUCCCGCCAAAAAGUUCGCCCUCGAGUAAAACUUCCAGCAGUCAAACGUCGGGUAAAAGUUCCCCUUCUGCGCCUAUACCAAUUGGCGGAUCCAGUCCCCGUGAAACUCCACAAACACGCGACGACGGAUACAGUAGGUCAGCGCCCAUUAUGGUACCACAUCCAAGACGGAGUUCAUUUUCAAGUAGUUUGAAGACAACGCAAGCCUCUCCAACAAACCCAAUGAGCCAAUCGCCGAAACCCUCUGUCCCUUCCAAAACGCGUUCACCUUCUGGUGUAUCCAAUUUUGGCACAUCGUCGAAUCCCAGACAUUCACCGGUGAUCACUCCGACCCAUUCCCCUAAACAAUCACCUGCUGUUUCUCCUGUCCAGCCCCCAAAUAUGUCACCAAUCCUUUCUCCGACUCAAUCCCCUAAACAAUCACCUGGCUCAACCCCGACCCAAUCUCCUAAUAUUUCACCACUGGUUGCCGUCUUUUCUCCGUAUUCUCCGAAGAAAGCCCGAGCUGGGACCGAAGUAUCGUUCUCAAGUCUUUUAAACAAUUCCCACAAACCGAUCGUAAAGACUCGGUCAUCUCCGUCGCUCUCGACGACCGGAGCUUGGGCACUGGAGGCGAAGUCAAGACGAAUGUCCCCCAUUUCGAAAUUUGAUCUCAAACCGUUGGAAAGUCCUCCUGAAACUACAGGCAUGGAGAGUUUCGGCUUUCCAUAUCGCAGCCCGACUGCGGGUGCAUUAGCCCGUGUACAAGGAGGGGCACCCGCCAAACCUUCAUUGCUUAAAAAUGUCCUAGGCUCGUCUCCUACACCCUCGUAUGAAGGGGAUGAUAUGAAACCACUCAAAGGGAUUUUCUUUGCUCAAGGGGUCAGAUUUGAUGUUACACCAGGUCAACAGCAAACGGUUACAAGCCAAGUGUUGAACACCACAGGAAAGUUAGAAGGGCAAGUGAUCGUGGAUGUCCCAUCUUUGUCCUCUGAGACACUCAUGGAGCGUGAUCAUAUUGAGGGAGUAAGAAAACUUCGCUUAUCGCUUUCGUACGCAGACGCCAUCAUCGAUGUUUUACAGACGAAGAGUACUCCGCUAAGAGCGUUGUCAGAAUCAAUGACCGUAAGACAGACCGAUUGUUUUAAUGGUGAGCAACUGAUAUUCGUGAACAACGAGUACAGGAAAGCAGAGCAGUUGGCUUUGUGUAUUAAAGUGCUUCGUUUGUUAAACUCCAUGUUGGUAUUUGCAAAAGAAGAAAUAAAAUAUGGCCGUCUGCAGCCUUCAGAUACUGUUAAGUCAUUGAUAAAAGAUCUCAAUGAGAGGAAUCAUCAGUGUUUGAAUCGCGCCAAACAGAUCAACCAGCAGAUGUCGAUACGUGUCAGAGAUCUGGACGCCAGCGUCUUGACGCUGUCGGCGGAUAAACUGAUUUAUCAACACGCUUUGGAAAUGUCGCAGAUCGCAGCCCUGGACGAGUUGUUUGGCGACGCGCAGUUGUGUAAGGAACGUUACGAGAAAGCCGUGUUGUUGUUACGAAGUCUGGAAGAUGAUGCUCGCAGUGAACGGGACAGAGCCUUACUGAAUAAAUAUCAAAACGCUCUGAACUUUAGGAUAUCUGCUUUAGAGAAGCGUAUCGCUCAGCCAAAAAUUGUUAAAUUGUCCUAAGUCAAGUUGACGUGCUUUUUUGUGCGAUUCGAUUACCAUUAUGGCAUCUUUGAAAGAUGCGAGACGUGUCAUUGUGCGAAGGUAAUAAAUUAUUUUAUAUAUAGAGAGAGAAAGAGAGGUCUGGUGUUUGCUGGAUUUGGUCCAAUAUUUAUCACAGAGUUAUUAAAAUAUAUAUAUAUAUAUAUAUAGU